CUAAAACCCUAGCAUUCCUUUUUUCGCUUGUCUUUUGGAAAAGGCGCACUGAGCUUCAACUUCGCGAGUAGAGUUUAACAGAGGCUAGACAAUGGCUCUAUUGAAGGCUAUCUCUACGUCCUCACCCGUCAAUUUCGGUUUUCAUGGCAGCAGGACAGAUUCAUUGCCUUGUGCACAGAACGUGUUCAUGAAGAGGACGUCGUCUUCUCUACAGGAGUUGGGGGUGAGAGGGAGUGAGUUUCAAGGACAAGCGCUAGUCAUCAGUUAUGGCAAUGUUGCUCGAACUCGUUGUAAUGAAGGUAUUCAAGCCGUUUUAUCUAGUGAGAGAGAGACAGAAACUUCGGGUAGUCCAAAGAGUGGAGGUCUACGUGGAAAAUUGAAUAAAGUUGUUUUAGCUUAUAGUGGUGGCUUAGACACCUCCGUCAUCGUCCCAUGGCUAAGGGAAAAUUAUGGUUGCGAGGUUGUUUGCUUCACUGCAGAUGUUGGUCAGGGCAUAAAGGAAUUGGAAGGUUUGGAAGCAAAGGCCAAGGCAAGUGGAGCUUGUCAGUUAGUGGUCAAGGAUCUACAGGAGGAAUUUGUAAGAGACUAUAUAUUUCCUUGUUUGCGAGCUGGUGCAGUUUAUGAAAGGAAAUACUUGCUGGGAACCUCAAUGGCUCGACCUGUUAUUGCAAAGGCAAUGGUAGAUGUCGCAGAAGAAGUUGGAGCUGAUGCUGUCGCUCAUGGAUGCACGGGAAAAGGAAAUGAUCAGGUUCGCUUUGAGCUUACUUUCUUUGCCCUGAAUCCUAACCUAAAUGUCGUGGCUCCUUGGCGGGAAUGGGAUAUCACAGGGAGAGAAGACGCAAUUGAAUAUGCUAAGAAGCAUAACGUGCCUGUCCCAGUGACAAAGAAGUCCAUAUACAGCCGAGACAGGAAUUUGUGGCACCUAAGCCAUGAGGGUGACAUCUUGGAAGACCCAGCCAAUGAACCCAAGAAAGAUAUGUACAUGAUGUCUGUUGAUCCAGAAGAUGCACCCGAUGAACCUGAAUACAUAGAAAUUGGCAUCAGGUCAGGGCUCCCCGUUUCAGUAAAUGGGAAGGAACUUUCCCCAGCAGCUCUUCUUACUAAACUCAAUGAGAUUGGUGGGAGACAUGGAAUUGGGCGUAUAGACAUGGUUGAGAAUCGAUUUGUUGGCAUGAAAAGCCGUGGAGUUUAUGAAACUCCUGGUGGGACUAUUCUCUUCACUGCUGCACGCGAGCUUGAGUCGUUGACCCUUGAUCGAGAAACAAUCCAAGCUAAGGAUUUACUUGCCCUCAAGUAUGCCGAGCUAGUUUAUGCAGGAAGGUGGUUUGAUCCACUUCGUGAGGCCAUGGAUGCAUUCAUGGAGAGUAUCACUCAGACAACAACCGGUUCUGUAAAACUGAAACUGUACAAAGGCUCAGUUUAUGUGACGGGACGAACAAGCCCCUAUAGCUUGUACAGGGAAGAUAUCUCAUCAUUCGAGAGUGGAGAAAUAUAUGAUCAAGCUGAUGCUGCGGGAUUCAUACGUCUCUAUGGUCUCCCGAUGAGGGUACGGGCAAUGCUUAAUAAGGAUGAGAAAAAUGAUCCUUGAUGACUUGGUUGGGUUAUUCCAAUUGCUAUUUGCUAAUGUAAUGUUAGCUCGAGUAAAUCUGUUUAACAGAUGCAUUUUUAAAAAGGUAAUUACAGCUAUUGCAUCCUCAUAUCCUUA